GGGUGUGUGUGUGUCUGUACUAUAUACGUAUAUCAACAGGAAAUUGAAAAUUUGUUGGUAUACACACACACAUAUAUAUAUCAACCCAAGAGCAGAAAUUUUACAGUUUGCUUUUCCUUUGACUGGUAUACACCAAGUACAAAAUUUCUCUGUUGUAGAAGAUACCACAACCGCCAACAAAAUGAUUUCUGCUUCAAAACUACGCGAUUAUUUUGCCAGAUUACACCUGAAACUCAACAUUCCUCUGAUUUUGGUUGGUGUGAUGUUUGUUAUGAUGACUGUAAAUUUCUUGCAUCAGACCUCACGUAUAUCAGAGUUAGAGAAAAGAUCCAUUGCAACGACUACGAGUAUUCCACCUACACCAAGAGCCGUUGUUCAGUCUGGUGCCAUAUACACACAUUGGGGAAAACAAAAUUGCACUUCUAGAAGAUCUAUCCAAGUCUAUUCAGGAGUUGCAGCUGGAGCGCAUUACACACACAGUGGAAGUGGAAGUAGCUAUUUGUGUCUACCAAUGAAACCUCAAUGGGGUAAUUACACAAACACUUGUGAAACCGCUGGCGCUAUAUACGGUGUCGAAUACGAACUAUCACAAUAUUCGAAAAGUCCGAAAUUUGGAAUGUUUGCACCUAAACCAUACGCUUUGCAUGAUCAGGAUGUCCCUUGUGCAGUCUGUGAGACUAAAAGACCUGCUUCAGUUAUGAUGAUUCCAGCUCGAAAAGAAUGUGUUGGUAGAUGGCAAAAAGAGUAUUCAGGUUAUUUGAUGAGCGAAUAUAUAAAGCAUGCAGGUAGAACUGAAUAUAUAUGUGUCGACAAAGAAGCUGAAGCUAAUACCAAAGGAUACGAAAAUCUGAAUGGUGCUCUAUUAUACCACGUACAAGCUAUCGUUGGUUCAUUGCCAAGUCCUCCAUACGAGAACAAUAGAGAGUUAACAUGUGUUGUGUGUAGUAAAUAGUCAGGUUUAUUUCUUCCUGAAAUUUAUACUAAAUAUUGAGACAUAUAAUGAAAUGAAUGAUUUUUGUUGAACAUUUACAUUAAUAAAUAACAAUUUAAUAUGUGGGUUUGGGGCAAUAUAUAUAUAUAUAUAUAUAUAUAUAUAUAUAUAUAUAUGAGCAAACCAAUCUGGU